GCGCCCUCCUUUCCCUGCCUCUCUCCACUUGGCCUUUGCCCUAAGCCAAGACCUGGCCACCAGCCUGGCUGCAGGGGCCUGCAGAGCCACCUGCACUUUUUCAGGUAUGGGGGAGGGCCAGGUACCAUGAAGCCAGUGCGGGUCACCACCCUUCUGUGGAUGCUACUGCUGGUGCUCAGGCUGGGGGCCACCCGGAAGGGGUCCCCAGAAGAGGCCUCCUUCUACUAUGGAACCUUCCCUCUUGGCUUCUCCUGGGGCGUAGGCAGUUCUGCCUACCAGACGGAGGGUGCCUGGGACCAGGACGGGAAAGGGCCCAGCAUAUGGGACGUCUUCACACACAGUGGGAAGGGGAAGGUGCUCGGGAAUGAGACAGCAGAUGUAGCCUGUGAUGGCUACUACAAGGUCCAGGAGGACAUCAUUCUGCUGAGGGAACUGCACGUCAACCACUACCGAUUCUCCCUGUCUUGGCCCCGGCUCCUGCCCACAGGCGUCCGAGCCGAGCAGGUGAACAAGAAGGGAAUCCAAUUCUACAGUGAUCUUAUCGAUGCCCUUCUGAGCAGCAACAUCACCCCCAUCGUGACCUUGCACCACUGGGAUCUGCCGCAGCUGCUCCAGGUCAAAUACGGUGGGUGGCAGAAUGUGAGCAUGGCCAACUACUUCAGAGACUAUGCCAACCUGUGCUUUGAGGCCUUUGGGGACCGCGUGAAGCACUGGAUCACGUUCAGUGAUCCUCGGGCAAUGGCAGAAAAAGGCUAUGAGACGGGCCACCAUGCACCGGGCCUGAAGCUCCGAGGCACCGGCCUGUACAAGGCAGCACACCACAUCAUUAAGGCUCACGCCCAAGCCUGGCAUUCUUAUAACACCACAUGGCGCAGCAAGCAGCAAGGUCUGGUGGGAAUUUCAUUGAACUGUGACUGGGGGGAACCUGUGGACAUUAGUAACCCCAAGGACAUAGAGGCUGCCGAGAGAUACCUACAGUUCUGUCUGGGCUGGUUUGCCAACCCCAUUUAUGCCGGUGACUACCCCCAAGUCAUGAAGGACUACAUUGGAAGAAAGAGUGCAGAGCAAGGCCUGGAGAUGUCAAGGUUACCAGUGUUCUCACUCCAGGAGAAGAGCUACAUUAAAGGCACAUCUGAUUUCUUGGGAUUAGGUCAUUUUACUACUCGGUACAUCAUGGAAAGGAAGAACCCCUCCCGCCAGGGGCCCAGCCACCAGAAUGAUCGUGACUUGAUAGAGCUGGUUGACCCAAACUGGCCAGAUCUGGGGUCUAAAGGGCUAUAUUCUGUGCCAUGGGGAUUUAGGAGGCUCCUCAACUUUGCUCAGACUCAAUAUGGCGAUCCUCCCAUAUAUGUGAUGGAAAAUGGAGCACCUCAAAAAUUCCACUGUACUCAAUUAUGUGAUGAGUGGAGAAUUCAGUACCUUAAAGGAUACAUAAAUGAAAUGCUAAAAGCUAUAAAAGAUGGUGCUAAUAUAAAGGGGUAUACUUCCUGGUCUCUGUUGGAUAAGUUUGAAUGGGAGAAAGGAUACUCAGCUAGAUAUGGAUUCUACUAUGUUGAAUUUAACGACAGAAAUAAGCCUCGCUAUCCAAAGGCUUCAGUUCAAUAUUACAAGAAGAUUAUCAUUGCCAAUGGGUUUCCCAAUCCAAGAGAGGUGGAAAGUUGGUACCUCAAAGCUUUGGAAACUUGCUCUAUCAACAAUCAGAGGCUUGCUGCAGAGCCCUUGCUAAGUCACAUGCAAAUGGUUACAGAGAUCGUGGUACCUACUGUCUGCUCCCUCUGCGUCCUCAUCACUGCUGUUCUACUAACGCUCCUCCUGAGGAGGCAGGGCUGAGACAGGAUUAUCAGUUUUGGAGCUUCAUAAGAGAAUCUUCAGGAUCUUCCUCCCUUUUCUGCUUUGAGGGUUUCCAUAUAUUUCUGUUUUCAGGUUCUACAAUAAUUACCUUUUUUCUCUUUCUCUUUUUGGCUUGUGCUGGGAUUAAAGAAUUAGAAAAUAAAAAUAAGCAGAAAUUA